AUGGCUGGUACUACGGCGAUGAUGCGAUCCCUUGUAUCACCCCAAUUUGGCGAGCCUUCCAUCUACGAGCUUCGAGAUGGCGAGAUGCCAAACGUCAAGAAACCAACCGAGAUUCUCAUCAAAGUCGAGGCGGCAUCAAUAAACGCGCAUGAUGUGAUCAUGGCUUCAGGUCGGACCAAGGCGAUACAAGUCCUCCCCCUUCCAUAUCCAAUCGGGCUAGACUUUGCGGGGACUGUUCUCGACAGCGGCAGUGCAGUCUCCAGUUGCGGACCAGGCGACAGUGUCUAUGGCUUUAGCGCCGCGGGAGGGACGGCAGCCACCCACCUCCUCCUAGAUACUGCGAAAGCGCACACACACGCGAUUGCUUGUAUUCCUGCGGGGUUAGGCAUGGUCGAAGCAGCAGGACUGCCAGCCGUUGCCAUCACAGCUAUGCUCGCUCUCCAGCACGCAGACAACUUUCUUCCAGGUGGCUUGCAAGGCAAGACUGUGUUCAUCCCUGGAGCUCUCUCCGGCGUUGGAUCCAUCGCCCUUCAGAUCGCAAAGCGGAAGUACAACGCUCGCACUUUGACUGCCGCUUCAGGAGGGAAGAUCCCAAAGAUAGGGGAUUGCCUUGGCCAGGAGGUCGUCGACACAGUUUUCGACUACACCCAAGUCAACGUUACGAAGAAGAUCGGAAAAGGUGAGGUGGACUUCGUGUUUGACACCACGGGACUUGCCUCGGAAUAUCUUCCCAUGAUUAAGCGUGGUGGUCUUUGCCUCAGCAUUGCCAGGCUUCCUCCUGGGUCCGCUCUCAAAGAUGAGUCGCCCGACGCACCGCAUCAAAGUCGACUCGCCUGCAUUGGACAGAACGUCAUGGACGGCAUGGAUAAUGCGUUCAGAACAUGGGCCAAGACCAUGUACGGCGUAGUAUAUGUGUAUCAAAAGACAGAGCCCAACAAUUCACAUAUGCAGGAGCUGAACAAUUUGAUACAGUCCGGGGUGUUGCAGCCUGUCAUUGGGAAGACGGCAGGAUUGAAUGAGAUUGAGAAGAUACGGGAUGGUUGUACGGCGAUACUGAAAGGUAAAGGAGGGAUUGGGAAGUUCGUCAUCCUGAUGGAUGAUGAGRAUUGA